AUGAAACUUCGUGGCGUGUUUCGAGCGACCAAACUGCCAUCUGGACAGCAUACCAUUGGCACCAAGUGGGUAUUCAAGAUCAAACGGAAAGCUGAUGGAUCCAUCGAGAAAUACAAGGCGCGCCUCGUGGCAAAAGGGUUCAAGCAGAAAUAUGGCAUCGACUACACGGAAACGUUUUCGCCGGUAGUCAAGUACGUGACGCUGCGCAUGGUGGUUGCAAUCACGAAGUACUUUGGCUGGACACUGGACCAACUGGACGUGGUGACAGCUUUCCUUUACGGAGAAAUGAAGGAAAAGGUAUUUUGCGCGAUCCCAGAAGGAGUCGAAGUUGAUGAAGACUUUGACUGCUUUGAACUGGUCAAGGCGAUCCACGGACUAAAACAAGCAUCGCGCGUAUGGAACGAGACUUUUCAUGAGUUCGUCUGCUCCAUUGGAUUUCAAGUCUCCGAUUUUGGCCCGUGUCUUUAUCUCAAGAUUACAAGUGGCGAGUGCGUGCUUUUGCUGGUAUAA